UUGAAAGUUCAGUUAUAUGCAAAAUUUGGCAGCAACAUAAACCUCGAGGCCGAUGAAAGCUAAACUUUUUAUAAUACUUUUUUAUUUGUUUAAUAAACUUGAAUAUUGUUUUAAAUGAUAAUUUCCUUUCUUCAAACGACAUGGAAAUGAAAACUUUCUUUUUUAAAAACUUUCAUUUAAGUAAUGGAAACCUGCCUAUUUUCACAUGUCUUGCUUAUUUAUUUUAUAUUUUUAAAAGAAGACAGUAUUCAUGUAUGUAUUU